UGAUGUAGGCGCUCAGCGCCCCGCCCGGGGACGGCGCUGCAGGUCGGGGAGGACCGGGGACGGGAACCGGGGACGGGGUCGGGGAUCCGGGGCCGGGGACGGGGCUUGGCUCCGGCCCCUCCACCGUGUCCCCUCCGCCGUGCGUGUCCCGCCGUGAUUGCGGCCCGGCCCCGGCGGGCGCGGCGGUAGGAGCCGCUUGGGCCGAGCCCCGCCGCCGGGCUGGACCGGUCCAAGCACCGUGCGGCUGCGGGGUCUCCACGUGUGGCACCGGGACGGGUGCGGGACCUGUACGGUGUGGCACCGUGGGACGGCUGUGGGUGUAACGCGGCGGUAGUCACCGGUAAGGCACGGGCACCGUGCGGUGGACCCCGGUAUUGCUCUGGGACCCAUGCGGUGUGACCCCGCGGCACCGGUACAUUUCCAGCCCUACCGGGGUACAGGUACUGUACGCGGGGGCGCUGUCCCCAUCCUGGGAUACACAGGCUGCAGCUGAGGCUCUUUCCACCCUGCUCAUCCCGAUUCCCGCAGGGCGCUGGCCAUGGAGCCGGGCAGCAUCGACAACCUGUCCAUCCUGUACCAAAGCUCCGACUUCAUCGUGGUCAACAAGCACUGGGACAUCCGCAUCGACAGCAAGAUGUGGUUCUGCCACCAGCUCGACUUCUCCACUAGCGGGGCCCUGUGCGUCGCACUCAACAAGGCGGCAGCGGGAAGCGCCUACAAGUGUUUUAAGGACCGGCUGGUGACCAAAGCCUAUCUUGCCCUGGUCAGGGGCCACGUCAGCCAGAGCCGAAUGACGAUCCGCUACGCCAUAGGGAAGAACACGACCGAGGGCAUGACCCACAUGAUGUGCAUCGAUGGGACGGAGGGCUGUGAGAACCCCAAGCCUUGCCAGUCGGAGCUGAUCGUGCUGGAGCACGGGUCCUACAGCGGAGACCCUGUAACCAAAGUGCUGCUGCAGCCACUUACAGGGCGCACUCAUCAGCUCCGGGUUCACUGCAGCGCCAUCGGCCACCCCAUUGUAGGGGACUUCACCUACAGCCACAGGAAGGACAGCAGUCCCUAUAGGAUGAUGCUCCAUGCCUACUACCUGCGCAUCCCCACCGGCAAGGAGCUCAUCGAGGUCUGUGCACCCGACCCCUUCAUCACCGCAAUGGACAGCAACUGGGUGCCCCAAAGUGUCACUCACCGGCUGGAUGAGACCAUCCAGGAGCUGAAGGACAAGAUGCUGCAGAAGGAGGAAGAGGAGAGCCAGGAAGCCGUGCUCGAUGGAGGGGGACAGGAGGCAUUGAGCAAAACCAAGAGCCCGGAGACAGAGGAGCAGCGAGCCCGGUGCGAGCAGUGGUUGGCCGAGUGGGCUUUGGAGUGAGCACAAACCACGUCGCUGCGUUUCCAGCCCAAUGCUCCAUUUCUAUCCCAGUGGGUCCCUGCGGAGCCCAGCGCUGACUCCACAUCUGCACUCCCUGUAUCCAUGGCUUCCCUCACUCCUGGGGCUGGGAUUAGGCAGAUUUUAGCAGUGAUUAGUGGUUUUUAAUGUACACAUCAUCCAUCUGGCCACUGGAUGCCCCUUUCCUAACUGUGGGCCUCAGCAGCAGAGUCAGUGUGUCAUGUACCAGCUUAUGGUGACCCAAAAGCUUUAUGUCCCCAUCCCAGGGCUCAGACACAGCCAGGGCAGCAUGGAUGCUGCUUUUGCCAUGAGGAUGAUGGACAUGUCUGCAAACCCUCAGUGCCAGGAUGCCAAAGUGCAGCUCAGCAAAGAGGGGAGAACACACCUGGGGCAGCUUGGGUGUCGUGUCAUAGAAUCCCAGCCUGGUUUGGGUUGAAAGGACCUUAAACUCAUCCAGUUCCAACCCCCUGCCACGGGCAGGGACACCUUCCACUAGAGCAGGUUGCUCCAAGCCCCUGUGUCCAACCUGGCCUUGAACACUGCCAGGGAUGGAGCAGCCACAGCUUCUCUGGGCACCCUGUGCCAGCGCCUCAGCACCCUCACGGGGAAGAGCUUCUGCCUCAGAGCUCAUCUCAGUCUCUCCUCUGGCAGGUUAAAGCCAUUCCCCCUUGUCUCCCACUCCCAUUCCCUUCACUCCAGCCUGCUGCGCUCGCUGGCACACACAUUGGCUGGGAGGUGGGAGAUCAGGAGGCUGAAGUGCAGCCCGGGGGCUCCAGCAGCCCCUGAAUCCUGGGGUGAGGUGAUCCAAAUGGAUUUUAAACUUUUUUGAGGUUUCUAUGAGAAGAAUCUCGUCUUUUAGUGGUUCUGGAAUACGGGUGGUCUCAGAAAUGAGUAUUUUUAGUACUUCUGUGGUCAGGGAGCCAGCAGCCCAAAGGUUUUUUAAUAGAUCUUACUAUUCUACUAGCAUUGCCUUUUCCUAGCACCCACUGUUAUCCUGGGUGGGGAUGUAACCCCUGCAGACACAGGUCAGGAGACACAAGCCCCUUCUUGCUUUACCCAAACAAGGAGGAAUAAGUAUCAUGUCUUGUUCCCAUCGCGUGGCUCCUCUUCUUCAGGUGGGCAGUUUGGGAGGGCUCUGGAGCAGCCAAGGAAGUGAUUGAAGCUGAAAAAGGCUGAGGACUGACGUGAAGAGUGGGAAGGAGCAAUGAGGAAAGCUGGGGAGGGACGGAGGUGGCUGGAGCCCAUUGCACACAGAGCACCCAUCCCUGGGGUGUUCUGCACUGAGCUGCCACAUCAGCACGUGCUGGAGCAUUGUCAUCCCACAAGCCCCAUCCUAUUUCGAACGUACCUGCAGUGGUUUCACAUGAUAUUCCCAUCCUGAGGGGCAAUAAACCAGCACAGCCCUGUCUUUGUGGGUCACCAAAACCCCAUGGGGUAUUGCAUUGCAUUACAGGGUCCACGGGCUCGUGAGCUGGUGGCAGCGGGCUCAGGGGGGUUGGAAGAGCAGGAGAUCCAUCUCCUUCCUCCCAGGCCUCAUCUCUGCCCAUCCCAUUUCUCAGGAAUGGCCAGGGAGGGGUGAGGCAGGUCCUGAAGCUGUAAAUCAACAUGAACUUGUUUGCCAAAGAAUGGCCGUGGGUGACGUGCACCAGAGGAUCUGAAGAGUUAGGGGUGAGGUUUGCAGCAUCAGUGGGACACGGCCUCCCCUUCCCUGGUGUGGGAACGGCCCCUGCUGCGUGAUGGGGGACACAUCCAGGACAAGGCAAGGGGAUGCUGGGGACCACCACUGCAGGGGCUGGCACCCAGUGCUCACCCAAUGCACCCUGCGCCACCCAUCAGCCUUCAUGCAUUGCACUUUUACCCAAUGCUGCAGAAACCAGAGAUAAAUAGCUGUUUUCCUUACCCUGCAGAGAGGUGUUUUCCAGGAUCCCUUCCCUGGGUCUCCUUCCACGCCACAUCCUGCUCCCUCCUCUCUGCCAUCACCGCAUCCUCUGUGGAUCCACUCACACAUGCGGCCGGCGGGUUGUGAUGGGUCUGUGUGUUGUGACGUUCUGUACAGCUUGCAAUAACCCUUAUUUCUUGCAAUAACCCUUAUUUCUUACACUAACCCCUAUCUCUUGUUGCACACUGUGUAGUAAACCAUUAUGUACUUA